CACGAAGAAUUCGGUUAAUUAUUGCUGGUUUGAGUUUCCCGCUGCAGUGGCCGCCUGUUCUAAUGCAGCGCACGGGCGCACCUGCAACUAGCAUGUAGACAGUCUGGAGCAGGCGCGUGAGUUUGGGUAUAAUUAACAAAAUACUGUACAAACUGACAGCACAUGACAUGGGAGAAAGAGAACAAAAACAGGGAGAACGUGUUCAAGCUGACCACGUCAAACUGACAAGGGCUGGGGGUAAUUCAGGGACUCAUGGAAGCCUGCGUGCAGCACAGUAACCUGGACAGAUUGUUGCCACGGAUCUGGACUUUCCUUAGCAAUCAAAGCUGAGGACUGUUUGCUUUGCAAUCACAAUUUAUACGCGGUGAUUGUAUGCGUGUCCCUUUUCAAAGAUAAAGGGCAUGUUUUCUUUAAAUAAUAAAUUCGGUGCUUUACACAUUUACUGGGAUUAAGGAAGUUUACCACAAGUUUGCAGACGUGAUUCAGAGGACGCUGCUGUAUCAAUUGAACUGGUGGGUCAGGAAUACGCUUGAACGUCCUACUUGCUGUCUGUGUCUGUGGAAAUGUAGAGCAGAGGGGUCUGGUGUAUUGUCACAUGAUCUGAAUGGAAUGAGGCACUGCCAACGCUUUCUAGACAAGCUCAUAGAGAAAACUCAAUAUUGUGCACUCAGGAAUUGUGAAGGAUUGUAGACCACGUGAGGAAACUAAACCAUACUAACUGCUGCUGCUUCAAAACACCAGCCUUGUGUCUGGACCCCAGGACCCCAGAGUGCGACACGUGGAUAAUGAGCACCGCUUCCCUCUCUUUGAACUGAACAUCCUGAAGUUUAUCUUGUGUGCAUCCAGACGAGAGAAAUGUCCCACUCGGGGUGGGGCUGCGAGGUCAGCUGGCCUCCACGAUACCAUAGCAACCACAAGAGGUCUCCUAGCUACGAGAUGGACAGAAUGUCGCUGGUGUGGAGGGGCUCUGAGCCCCCGAGGAGCAAGCCCACCCUGCGAGUCUCCCGCCCCUCCCUGGAGAGGAGCUACGAAGACGCGUAUGGAGGGAGGAGGCCCCCAGUCAAAGCACAGAUGAAAGCCGAGUUGCUGGAGCCCUGUUACACCCCCAGCUCUCUGUCUGGGUACAGCAGCCGCUCAGCCAGCCCGGUCCGAGAGGAUAGAGCGAGGCCGGGGACGCCCAUAGGAGGACUUUACUCCGAGGAGAGAGUGAGCUCUUCUCUGAGUAACAGGGUACCUGUAAUAAGGAGAUGGCACUCCCUGUCCCGGCUGGCCCCGGAGGGUGCCCCUCACCGGCCCGGGGACCUAGAGCUGCGCUCGGCGCUGGCAGAGAGUGGGGACCGGCGGGCAGAGCUGGUGAAGCAGCUGAGGGAGGCUCACAGCCAGCUGGAGGACCAGGCAGAGCACCUCCGCUUCAGAGACAGCCAGCUGGAAGCCAGCAAGGCCAGGACCGAGCUGCUGGCUCUCAAACACAAACAGCUGGAGACGGCGCUCAGCGCUCUGGAGCAGGAGAAGGAGGUGCUGGAGCUGACGAGAUUCGAGGAGACCAGGCGGCGAGGGGACUUGCAGGACAAGGUCCUGCAGCUGGAGUUGGACAUGUUGAAGGUGAGGUCCACUCUGGAGAGGGGCAGUGCAGGGUCAUCGCUGACCGGACCCCCCACCCACUCUGCACUGACCACCACAAUCUCCAGGACACAGGACCACAUCCGGAGUGCAGGGUCAUCGCUGAGCGACCCCCUCACCCACUCUGCACUGACCACCACAUUCUCCAGGACACAGGACCACAUCCUCAAACAGGGGAGAGAGCGCGCUGAGCGAGAGGCCCAGGAGGCACGGCAGGCCCUGCGAUGGAGCCAGGAUAGAGCCGAGGCCCUGGAGGCCGAGAGAGACCGGGCACUGCAGCAGAUCCAAGCCUGCCAGCAGGGUCAACUGACUGUCCUGAGCCAAACCAAUGAGACAAACCAGAGACUGACCACCUCAAUCCGGGCCCAGAGCAACCUUCACGAAGAACUGAAUGACCUUCGAACAGAGUUCAGUCAGGUCAGCCUGGAGAAGGAGCUCCUGUCCUCCAAAGUGGUGAGGCUAGAGGAGAAUGUGGCAGACCUGAAAAUGAAGCUGACUGGAGCAGUCGCAGACAAGGACCGCUUUCUGCAGGAGAAGGCUGAGCUGCACCAGCAUGUACAGGUCCUGCAGUUGGAGCUGGAGCGCGCUCAGAGAGGCCGGGAGGGCUUCACUGACCAGGUGUGCGACCUGCAUGUGCAGCUGGUGGGGGCCAAAACACAGGUCAACCGGCAGGACCAGGAGAAGAUCCUCACCACGGAGGAGCUGUGCCUCGUCAAGCAGGUGAACAUGCGCAUGUCUACGGAGCUGGCAGAGGCCAAGCAGAGGCUGGAGGCUGCCCUGAAGCAGCUUCACCAGCUGGGGGCAGAGAAGGUGAUCUACACCAAUCAGAUCUCAGCCCUGGAGACGGAGCGUUGCCAGCUGAUUGGAGAGAAGGAGGUGCUGAUGAGCGUGGAGGGGGGCGGGGCUGAGGAGGAGCUGCAGGAGCUCAGAGAUUCUCAAGACCGAUUACAGACAGUGAACCAACAGCUGCUGGUACGCUGCCAGGGGCUAGAGGCGGGACUCUGUGUGAAAGAGGCGGAGCUCCAGCAGAAAGAUGAGGAGCUGUGUCGGAAGGAGGCGGAGCUGCUAUCCCAGGGGGAGGAGCAGCAGCAGGUGGCACAGCACUGGAAGGAGAGAUGGCAGGAGGCAGCAGUGGCACUCCGGUCCAAGGAUGAGGAGCUGGAGGAGGCCCACAGCAAGCUGCAGAGCCCUGCAGACACGAGCCAGCACAGAGAGGAGGCCAGGCAGCUGGCCAGUGAUGUGGAGAGAUUGCAGUCUGUGGUGCACAGAAACCAGGAGAAGAUCCAGAGGCUGCUGCGUGAGAAAGCUGAGGCUGAAUCGGAGCUGCGGCGGGCUAAGCAGGAGAGCAGCUCGUUGCUGAGGGUGGAGCUGGAUGCCUGUAAGCAGCAGUUGGAGCUGGAGAGGAGCCGCAGCCAGGCCCUGCAGCACAGACUACCAGCCAGCCCUGGCAAAUCUCCCAAGAUGACAAGGACACUCAGUGGAGAAGAUUCUGCUUCACUGGAUGACAGUGACUCGCUUCAAGAAAUCGAUGGGGCAGCUGAUUCUAAGCAGGAGGACAGAGCCCCGCCCCCUGAGGAGCUUCUGGCUCAAAUCUCCGCCCUCCACCAACAGCUAGAGGAGGGAAGCUCCGCCCAGCAGAGGCAGCAGAGCAUUAUCCAGUCACUGAGAGAGGUGUCGGAGUGCAGCGGUGAGAAGAGGAGACUGGAGCAGGCCCUGGCAUCUGUGGAGCAGGAUCUGGUACAGAAGGAGCAAGCACUGAGGCACCUAGAGAGACUGAGAGAGACUGAAAAGACUGAGAUGGAGAUUAAAGUCUCCUCCCUGGAACUGAAGCUUGCGGAGAUGGCACUGCAGGGAGAUGGACAGACCUACAGAAGCGAGGGAUCUGUGAUGACGAAGUGUUCCCGCUGCGAGUCUUUGGAAGAGCAGUUGGAGGAUUACAGGAGACGACACAGCCAGCUGCAGCAGGAGAGAGGCGAGGGGGUGGAGUCACUGCGAGCGCUCCGUCAGGGCUCAGUGAAGGAGAAGAGUGCUCCAGCAGUAAGAAAGGACAUUCAACAAGGUAACAGCAACCACGAGAGGCAGCGGCAGCUCGUCACAGAGCAGUUAAAGAGUCUUUUCAAAGAGAAGAAGCAGCUGAAUAAGGCGUAUAGCAAGCUGCCUGACGCCAGGAAAGGGGAGCGCUCCCUGGAGGACUGGAUUCCCAGGUCACGAGUCAUCCAGAACGCAGCGGACACUAUCGAAAGCCAGGAGAGGAGGCAGCAAGAGCUGGAGGGGGAGAACGAGAGGCUGAGGGGGAAGCCGGGUUAUCGGGAGCUGGAGUGUUUGGCUGGGGGCUGGCUGACUGCCUCCCUCCCUCCCUCCCUCUUCCAGAACGCAGCGGACACUAUCGAAAGCCAGGAGAGGAGGCAGCAAGAGCUGGAGGGGGAGAACGAGAGGCUGAGGGGGAAGCCGGGUUAUCGGGAGUACCUGGGGAUGCAGAAAGAGGUGGAGAGGCUGCAAGAGCAACUGCAGGCCAAGGACAACAAAAUGUCUUCCAUGAACAAUGAAAUGGAGAAUCUGAAAGAGAAGAAUGAAAAUCUCAUGAAGGCAAAGCUGAGGUUCCAGCAGCAGAUUCAGGGUAUCCGAUCAGUCGGAGAAGGUGGUGUGGCUCCGGGGGUUCCCCGCCUCUCUCCUGGAUCCAAGGGCAGCCAGGACAGGAGCCGUGAUCCAUCCCCCUCCAGCCAGGAUGGGACCUUCCUGGCUCGACAGGUGGACAUCCUGGACGGAGACAAGCUUGAGGCUUCUCCAGACUCCUGGAGUACCCCAGUCAGCUCCCGUUCCCCAACCCCCCUCUAUCUGGAGACCCCUCUCCAAUCCAGCAGCACCCACAGCCUUGAAAGCUCUGCUGCCAGGAUGUUCCUUAGCAAGAAGACCCCUGAGCUCUCACCCUUGUACCCUCUGAGCUCUGCAGGGUCCCAGGAGUCCCUCCCUGAAAAGCACCAGCAGCUUCUCUCGCCCCGUCCCUACAGGUCCCAGGCAGCAGCAAACACUUUCAAGUUUGGGGAGAGAUAGUGAGGUGUGGGCUUCCAGAACAACUAUUGUGUUUCAGACCAUUCGGUUACUUCCUGUACUGGGAUUCUCCAUACUGUUUGUGCUUCCUGGGGUCAUUCAACUGCAUCAGUACCGUCUACUGGAAACAAGAUUCAUUUGUGUAACUUCCCAGCCUGCCUGGCCACUGACAUCCCUUUUCCUGUUUAAUAACGGACGAAUUAGAGCCCCUAACUCUCCCUCAAUCCGUACCCCAGUUUGAAAUGUACCUGAAACACACUGACUAUACAGUACCUAAAUCAGAGCUAAUCAAAUGUCCUUUAGAUUUUACUGAUUUGCAUUAAAAAAAGGUGUAUCAUUCAGUAUUUCAAAACUUGGUGUAUUGGUGUACUAAUGGCCAAAUUCUGCAGCUUUGUGCUCGUUGGUGUUGCAGUGAACACUGGACUGGGUUAGGAGUGCCUCAGAAGAGUACUAUUUUUAGGGUGUAGUGUUUCCUUUGUUGUUUGAAGUGUUACAAGACAAGGGCAUCUUCACACCAUCCAGAGGGCAGUAAGCGUCUUAACUACUGUGCAGAAGAGCCAGACUGGUCUAACCACUGUGCAGAAGAGCGAGGCUGGUCUCAACCACUGUACGGAAGAGCCAGACUGGUCUAACCACUGUGCAGAAGAGCAAGGCUGGUCUCAACCACUGUGCAGAAGAGCCAGGCUGGUCUCAACCACUGCAGAAGAGCCAGGCUGGUCUAACCACUGUGCAGAAGAGCCAGGCUGGUCUCAACCACUGCAGAAGAGCCAGGCUGGUCUAACCACUGUGCAGAAGAGCCAGGCUGGUCUAACCACUGUGCAGAAGAGCCAGGCUGGUCUCAACCACUGUGCAGAAGAGCCAGGCUGGUCUAACCACUGUGCAGAAGAGCCAGGCUGGUCUAACCACUGUGCAGAAGAGCCAAGCUGGUCUAACCACUGUGCAGAAGAGCCAAGCUGGUCUAACCACUGCAGAAGAGCCAGGCUGGUCUCAACCACUGUGCAGAAGAGCCAGGCUGGUCUAUCCACUGUGCAGAAGAGCCAAGCUGGUCUAACCACUGUGCAGAAAAGCCAAGCUGGUCUAACCACUGUGCAGAAGAGCCAAGCUGGUCUAACCACUGCA